AUGAAGCAGUACGGCUCGAACAUGCUGAGCAAGUACGAUCGCUUGUUCUCCUUCGCCACGUUCGAUGUUCUUUUUCUCCAUGAAGCGAAAUCCAAAAGCGAACUUGAUAUCAUGCGUACUUUGAUCCUUGGCCCGGUUAAUCAGUCUUCGAAAAGAGAACGUGAACUGCAGAACGCGGCAGCGCGCUCGCAUGCUGCAAAGGCCUCAUAUGCCCAUCCGAGGAAACAUCACAAGGUCGUAACAGGACAAUAUGAUGCUCGCGAUGGCGCCAAUGAAGAUGUGGGAGUUUGGGGAUCGAAAGUCUUCACGGGCAUCGACCCAACCCUAACAACAUCGAUAUACCCCGGUUUCGGCAGCUUCCGAAGCGAGCUCCUCAAUCUUCUUCCACCCGAUGCACAAGCAGGUGACUUUCAGGCCCUAGACUUCUUUGUUGAGGUUACAUUACCUGGCAUUGAUGUUGCGAACGAGAUAUUCAAUAAUUCAGGUGCUUUUCAUUUCCUGCUACCAACCCUCGUAAGUUAUCAACUUUACUUAUUUCUUUGGAGCUCUCUUCACGAUUAG